AUGGCACCGCUAGCGUUUGGAGAGUGGGCUCCUCCUGUGAGUGGUUCCACUUCUGCUGUUCCAAAUUUAUGGGAGGGGAGCUCGUUGAAUAUGCAGUGCACUUCUCAGCCAACCGCUACAGCACCGUCGUGCGUGUUUGAGUCCGCUGAAUCUGCCGAUGCAUCUGAAAGGCAGUUGCAUAUAUUCCGCAUUGAUGGGGACGGCCGCCCGCGAAUGACGUACAGAAAUGCUGGCGGCAAUGGAAAGGUGCUUUCCACCAGCACUCGACGCGCAGGGAAACAGACCUCUGCCUCCUCCCCUUCAAAAUUUGAGCUUGCAGCUGUGGCAGCCUUGUGCAGUCCGGCCGCGCGAGCUCCACCUCAGCGUAGUAAAGCCCCAAAGCCUCUCCUCUUCCCGUCUGCUCAUUCAUUCGUCCCGGGCAGGCAGCUCCCUCUUGGGAGUGCGUCUUCAGUGGUGGCAGGUAGAGAACCUGAGAGCGCCUGUAGCAUUCCUCCCGCCACUAUCCACAGACACGACAGAGGUGCUAAGGGGGAAUCUCCUGUAGAGGCUCUCACGUCCUUUACGGGGUCAUCAUUUCAAUCCCAAACGAGACCUUCAGCAUUACACUGGGAAGGGGGAGCACAGCAAAGCCAAGGAAGCUGUCUAGGCAUGGGACCUCUUCAACAGUCACUUGGGGGCCUAGGGGGCUCAUUGCUGCGCUGCGUUAGCCCCAAUACGAACUGGGCUUCUGCUUCGCAACGGCAGAAUCAGCAGCCUGACUGUAUACCGAGCGCGAAUUCCCUCAGGAGUCCUUAUGGGUCACUGCCCCGCCACUUAAAGGCGGUACCUGCACAGAACGCAGGACCUACGAGCUGUUCAUUCAUUCAACCAUCUUCUGACUUUUCACCUGCAGAGACUUCCUUCUGUGGCGGAAGUGCUAUGCAGCCACCCACUGGGUUGAAAGCGCCAAAUUCGACUGUGCAGCAGCCUGGCUUUGCAGACGGGUACACCUGCAGAAGCAUCUUGCCCCGUGUGAAACCAGGGCAAACAACUAUUCAAAAAAGCGUAGAAGAGGCCCAGGAAUUUAGUGACGUUCAACGCCCAGAGGUGGUGACUGUCUACGGGACGGACAGGUUUUGGGAUUUGAUGGAGACUCUUGCCGAGCUGCAGAGAGGGCCUACCUCCUUGCUGAGCAGCAGUGUUACUUUCGACUCGGUAUUGUUGCCUGGAGGUGAACUGCAGUACUCAGUGAUUGAAGAGGGGAGCUUUGGAAAGGUUUUUGUCGGGACUCACCGGGGAGCCAAGGUAGCCAUUAAGGUACCUGUGGAAAGCAUGCUCAGCACCGACCCCGCUGGGGUGGUGGAGCGUACGCUGAAUGAAUGGGAAAUCCUCACCAUGUGUCAGCAUCCAAACGUGGUUCGUUUGGUCGGGGGAAUUGUGCACGGGCCGUUUGACGUGUGGCUAGUUACUGAACUGGUCAACGGCAGUGAUCUUCACUCGCGGAAGUAUUCACGCGAUCCCCUUGUGCGGCGAUUCAUUUCGCCUCAGAACGGGCUGUACAUGUGCCGCCAGCUCGCUGCCGUUGUCGCGUACCUUCACAUUCCUGUUCCUGGACGGAAACCUGUAGUGGUCCACAGAGAUAUCAAACCUGAAAACGUCCUCAUAUCGGAUGACUGGACGAUUCAGCUCUGCGACUUUGGGGAUGCAGAGGCAUCUCCAGAUGGACGUGUAUCUCGUAUUUCAGGGGCCACAUGGUUCUACGCCCCUGCAGAAUUGCUGCGGUGCAGCCCUGUGGAAUGCCUGGCCUCGAAUUCAGGGGUGCAGUUACCUCCUUUCAACGAGAAAUGGGACAUCUGGUCAAUGGGAUGCGUGUUCCAGGAGAUGUUUGGCUUCUUCAACCCUAUGCACGUGCACAUAUCCAGUCGAGACAGCCCCAGUGUCAUUUAUGAGAAGCUCAAGGCAAAGGCAAUAGCUGGAACACUUGUCCCCCAUAUCGCAGAAGAGAUUCAGGGAAUUGCACGGAAUAUCAUUUUAAGUUGCCUAAACCCGGAUCCAUCAGCUAGGCCGUCUGCUAUGGAGGUGCUGAACAUGUGGAACGCGCGAGAUGAGGAUAUCCUUAAGGACAUUCACACGCGACCAAUCCCCCCGCAAGCCAACAUCGUAGAUUCUUCCAGCUUCAACUCUGUGAAUCGACGACACUUCCCGGGGAGCAUAUCGGAACCGCAGGAGCUGUUGCCCAACGUAAGCUCAGUACUCACAGACACCAGUGGGAGUACGAAGGGGGAUAUGGGCAACGCACUGUACGGACACAAUUGUUCAUCGGCUUCUGCACAAGCUUCGACAGGUUCAACUGGGUCCCUGGUGCUUGAGAACGGAGAGCCUGCUUCGUAUAUGGUCUCCGCGAGGGCGCUCACUGCAAAGGAAGGAGCGAGAUUCGUGCAGUCCCAGGGGCUUCCGGCUGCUGCUGGAUGGCAGUGA